AUGUCUCCCUCCCUCCCGCCGUCCCCAUCCCAGUCCCCCGCCGCCGCUCCGCCCGACGACGACCGCACAGACCAGCAGCAAACCCCCGCCCAGGAGCAGCAGGCCCAGCCACAGGAGCCUCUCCCCGUCCACAAGUGCCUCUGGCAGGACUGCACUCUGUCGUUUGUCGACCCAGAGACUCUCUACAACCACCUCUGCAACGACCACAUCGGCCGCAAGUCGACCAACAACCUCUGUCUCACCUGCAAGUGGAAGGACUGUGGUACCACCUGUGCGAAACGCGAUCACAUCACCAGCCAUCUCAGAGUCCACACCCCUCUCAAGCCCCAUGUCUGCGAGAUAUGCAAGAAGUCCUUCAAGCGUCCACAGGACUUGAAGAAACACGAGAAGAUCCACACAGAGGAGCACCAUCAGCAGCACAAGCACUCCAAGGCCAUCACCGUCGUCGACCCCGUUUAUGUACAGCGGGUCCGAGGCGAUUCUGCAGCUCGAGACGCCAAGCUCGCUGCAAAGGCCCCUGCCUCCACUGGCAGCCUCGGUCUUCGCCCGCCCGCCAGUAGGCCCAAGGCACAUUCACAAUCCCCUUCAGACGGCAUCCAUUUCUCCCUUUUGCCCACGCCUUCUCCAGAGUUAGGACAUCCCUCCGCUCACCCCCAUUCCCAUCACCCCUCUCAUGACAUGUUCAUGUCCAGCCAGCCGCUGCCUGCUUGGGAGGUCAUGAGGAAUGACCCUCCCUCAGUCUCCACGGGUUCCAAGCGCGCACAUGACAGUUAUAAUGUAGACGACUUUUUCACUGACAUGAAAAAACGUCGUGUCAACCCUUCCUAUGACCCUCGUAUGGCGGAGCGUCUGAACAAUAUCGCUUACACACAGAACGGAGGCUCCAAUUCUUCCUUUAACCCCCGUUCAGUCUCCCUAGACAUUCGCACUCCUGAGGAACUCGCGGCCGUGAACGAAUUCCUCAUUACACUCGGCCGCGACGUCUCCGGAAGCGUUCGUCCUUCGGGAACGUCCUCUCAUUCUUCCUCCAACUUCUCUCCUGAAAAUUAUUUUGACCCCGCCAACCUGAGCCAGCUCGGUCUCUCGGGUAUGCCGGGCAUGCCCACCUCCACUUCCAGCUUCUCCGAUUCUCCCUACAAUGGCAAUGGUCCGCAGUAUGGCGGCAACGGCCCAUACCACUCCUCUUCCCGUUCUAGCCAUCCGCCCGUCCCCCCAGGGCAGUACGGCGCCAUGUACUCGCCCAUGAACGAGCCCUCGAUGAAUUACCCGUCCCCAAACGACUACGUCCAGGGCAGCGGCCGCCGGUCGAGCAAGUACGGCGCCUCAGGGUCGGGCGGCUCGUUCUCGAACCAGCACUAUCAUCACCCGACCCCGCCGCUCGAGAGCAGCUCCCCGCACUCGACGGUGUCGACGCCCGUGACGACCACGCCGCCGCAGGUGCCCAUCACCAUGCCUGACACGUUCGACUACAUCCGCGGCUCCCGCGGCGCACCCGCUGUUGCACAUCUCGCCCCGCCAGAGUACAUGAGCAAGGCCAUGCGGCCGAUGAUCCCGCUCAAGUCGCUGCCCGGCUCAUUACCUGACCGUCCGCACCCCGUCGAACCCAAGCUGCCGCUCGCGCUGCACCGCCACUCGGCGACGGCGAGCUCGAGCAGUAGUAAGCCCGGCUCGCUGUACCCGCUGCUCACGUCGGGCGACAUCCAGUACAAGCUGCCACCCCUCAGCAGGAUGUACCAGUCGCCGUCGCCGCCGGGUUCGCCUGUGCGUGAGUCGACGCCGAGUUCGACGCACUCGUCGCCCACCAUGCAGUCCAAUGUCCUCCCGAGCAUCCAUUCAUUCGCGACCUCGGAGGACCACCUCAGCAGGGAGAUCAGCCGCAUUGACCUGGAGCGUAGCAAAGUCAUCUCGAACGAGGAGCGCAAGCGCCAUGCCGACCUCAUCUUGGACUUGCUUGUGAAUAUCAACAAGGAUUUCAAGCACCGGUUCUCGUCGAGUGGUUCGGACGUGGAGAUGGAUUGA